UCCCAUCCUCACUUCCGCACCACAUACACACAGACCUCCUUCACAGCCCUUCGUUUCCUUUGUUUUUCUCUGUCCCUUCGAACCGCAAACCUCAAACCUCUCUCUCUCUCUCUCUUUCUCUGAAUUUUUCUCUCCCUCUCAGUCUGUCUGUCUGUCUCUCUCUCUCUCUCUCUCUCUCUCUACAAUCUUGGUGUUCUUUGUUUUCUCCAUGAACAACAUGCUUCUCAAAGCCUCUCCGGGUUCUUCUCUCCUCGCCACUCAUGGGGAAAAUCUGGGUCCUCUGUUUUCCUCUGCUCCUUCAUCGUCCUUGUCAUUUUCUUAUUCGGUUUCUCCUCUGAAUUCGUCUUCUUCCGUGAAUUCGAUUCUUCGCUUCUCUCCGGCGAAAAAUGGAAGUGGGUUUGUGGUCUGUGCCUCUAAAAGUGCGAAUAACAAACCGCUUGCCGGCGUCGUUUUCGAGCCCUUUGAGGAAGUGAAGAAGGAGCUCGAUCUCGUCCCUACUGUACCACAGGUUUCUCUUGCUCGCCAGAAGUUUGCUAACGCCUCUGAGGCUGCUAUUAACGAGCAGAUCAACGUGGAAUAUAAUGUCUCCUACGUGUACCAUGCCUUGUUCGCCUACUUCGAUAGGGACAACGUUGCGCUCAAGGGUUUUGCCAAGUUCUUCAAGGAAUCCAGUGAAGAAGAAAGGGACCAUGCUGAGAAAUUGAUGGAGUACCAGAAUAAGCGAGGUGGAAAAGUGAAAUUGCAGUCGAUACUGAUGCCUCUCUCUGAGUUUGAUCAUCCCGAGAAAGGAGAUGCUCUGCAUGCAAUGGAGCUUGCAUUAUCUUUGGAAAAGCUGACAAAUGAAAAGCUCCUCAACUUACACCAUGUUGCUGAGCAGAACAAGGAUGUGCAGUUGGUAGACUUUGUCGAGAGUGAAUUUUUGGCUGAGCAGGUGGAAGCCAUAAAGAAAAUCUCAGAAUAUGUUGCUCAACUGAGAAGAGUGGGCAAAGGACAUGGAGUUUGGCACUUCGACCAGAUGCUGCUUCAUGAGGAGGGACAUGUAGUUGCAGCAUGAUUAUGAGUUUGAUGUUGUUCAGUUCCCUGUCACCAUUAUGGAGAAAGAGGGGUUCCAAAAAGUUUGUGGUGUUGGGUUGGUAAUUCCAUAGUUUUAUAGAUAGAGUGCUUCAUGUUCAGAACCUUUUUUUUUUGGUUUGUAAGAAACGUUCAGAACUUAUUAAACGAGACAUAAAUAAAUAUGGGCAAAGUUUUAGUUGA